CAGCGGCGGCUGGGUUUUGGACUAGAAGCGGGCGCUGGAGCCAUGGAGCCGCUCGGCAUGCUGCUGCUGCUGCUGCUGCGGGUCUCCACGGCGCUGGCUGCCUCGUCCUUGCACCAACCGCAUGCGGCGCCCCAAGCUCAGGAGCAGCUGCUCUUGAAGCAGGAGACGGCGCUGGGCGCGUCGUCCUCCGGCUCCCUCUGGCCCCUGCCCGCCUCGCUGCACAUCUGGCCGGCCCGGCUGCAGCUGGCGCCCAAGCGCUUCCAGAUCGUCCACGGCCCGGGGUCGUCGGCGGGGCCCCGUUGCUCGCUGCUGCAGGACGCCUUCCGCAGAUAUUAUGAAUACCUGUUUGGAUAUUCCAAAUGGCAGAAUUGUGAUGAGGAGAAACGUCUUUCCGAAACAGAGCUAUCCUCGCUUCAGGUCAUUAUCACUUCAGAGGACUCUGAAUGUGAUAAAUACCCUGGCGUUACAUCAGAUGAAGCUUAUCACCUCCAAGUAUCAGAACCUGCGGCUGUGCUGAAGGCAAGCAAAGUUUGGGGAGCUUUAAGAGGUUUGGAAACGUUCAGCCAGCUAGUAAAUGAAGAUGACUAUGGAAGUUUCUUUAUCAAUCAAUCUGACAUCACUGAUUCCCCAAGGUUUGCUUAUCGAGGAAUUUUGAUUGAUACAUCGAGGCAUUUCUUGCCCUUGAAAUAUCUCCUAACGAAUUUGGAUGCCAUGGCUUUUAACAAGUUCAAUGUCCUGCAUUGGCACAUUGUAGAUGACCCUUCCUUUCCUUAUCAGAGUGUUACUUUUCCAGAACUGAGUGCCCGCGGGGCCUAUUCAUACCAUCAUGUUUACACCCCCACUGAUGUCAAUCUUGUGUUAGAAUAUGCUCGAUUACGAGGGAUUAGAGUCAUCCCAGAGUUUGAUACCCCAGGACAUACAGAAUCUUGGGGAAAAGGGCAAAAAGAUGUCCUCACACCAUGCUAUAAAGGACAACAUCCAAGUGGCACUUACGGACCUGUAAAUCCCAUUUUGAAUACAACUUACGAUUUCAUGGCUAAAUUAUUCAAAGAAAUUGGGACAGUGUUUCCUGAUGACUACAUCCACUUGGGAGGAGAUGAGGUGGACUUCACAUGUUGGAAGUCCAACCCUAAUGUGACAGAGUUCAUGAAGCAGCAAGGGAUUUGGUUUACCUAUUCCAAACUGGAAUCCUUCUACAUUGAGAAAAUAUUGGACAUAAUGUCGUCUCUUAACAAGAAAUCCAUAGUCUGGCAGGAAGUCUUUGAUAAUGGAGUAAAGAUAAAGCCAGACACAAUAGUUGAAGUGUGGAUGGGGAACAUGUAUAAAGAUGAAUUAAGAAAAGUAACAAAAGCAGGGCACCAUGCAAUCUUGGCUGCACCUUGGUACCUAGACUACAUUAGUUAUGGUCAGGACUGGAAGAAAUACUACACUGUCGAGCCACUGGACUUCUUCGGGUGGAAUUCACAGAAAGAGCUGGUGCUUGGUGGAGAAGCUUGCCUUUGGGGGGAAUAUGUGGAUGCAACUAAUCUCAUUCCAAGACUCUGGCCUCGGGCAAGUGCUGUUGGAGAAAGGCUCUGGAGCAAUGAAAAUGUAACUGAUAUUGCAGAUGCUUAUAACAGACUUUCUGAACAUCGUUGUCGCAUGCUCAGGCGUGGAAUAGCAGCAGAGCCUUUAUUUGUUGGAUACUGCCGUUAUGAAGCCACAGACCUAUAACAGUUCUACAACAGGAUGUUACUGUAGUGCCUUUUUGGGAAGGAAAUUAUGCACAUUCCUGGCUGAAUAUUUUCACUGGAGCACUCUAUAUUAGUAUUGAAACGUUGGAAUUCUAUACUUGGGGAAAAGUCUUUCUUUUUAGAUGAUUCAAA